UUGAUGUCACAGACAGCACACACUGUUCCCCCUUCAUCUCUCACACAUUCAUCAUUCAUCAUUCAUAUUCAUAGGGUUGUAGAAUAAAAAGACUCCGACCAGAGAAAAUUCAUUCUUUCUCUAUCCAAUUCCUUUUUUACUACUACUUUUUAUAAUUUGUUCAAUUUCUGGAAAACCUGAGGAUUACACUAAUUGUGAUUAAAUUAAACCCUAGCGCGACGCCGAGGUUUGUGUGUUGUGACGUCGGGAAUGCGAUUUCUGUGGAGUUCUAGUUUCUCAUCGAUCCACAUUCCGAUUGUUUUCUACUUGAAAGCAUUUGAGAUUAGUUUUCCCGGUGUCGGAGUUGAUUGAUGAUGGUGAAGGGCGGUUUGUGGGGGGAGAAGGUGCGGAGAGGAGUGAGGACUGUUUAUUUCGUGGUGGCGAUGGUUUCGUCGCUGCUGGUGGUAGCGUUGCCGGUUGUGGUGGCGAUUGCCGACGCUAUUUUUCCUUGUUUGUUGCUAUCUAGCUUUACCUGCGUGAAUUGCUUUAGUUUUAGGGAACAUUUGGAGAGAUACGCCUUCAAGAGCUCGCUUGUGGAUAUUCCUCUUGUUUCCAUUAUCAGAUCUCUCCUUAUCAUCUGUGUAUAUACAAUGUGUGAUGGCCCAGCAUUAUCACACGGUCCCUAUCUAGGAACUGUAACAAUCUGCUCAUUCCUAUCAAUACUUGUUCUUUCCAUCAAGGCGUGUGUAUUCACUGUUCAUUCACAACUUGAUGGUGAAGCAUCAGCUUCUCUUUCGAGGAAAAAGAUCCACCUGAAGAAAUCUUGGGGGAUGCCUGUCUUAUUUAUGUCAUCUGUUGUGUUUGCUCUUGGCCACAUUGUUGUGGCGUAUCGUACAAGUUGCAAGGCUAGAAGGAAAUUCAGUUUUCACCGUGAUCCUGAGGCAGUGCUUUCUUGUAAAAUGAUUUUCACUGGUUACCAGAAGGUUCCACGAUCACCCACUCCUGUAGGGAAAUCUUUCCGAAGUGAGAGUGUCACAAGGAGAAGAUCACCGGGAUUGGUGCUGGAUGACGGGGAACUUCCAGUCAGUUUACUUGCUGACAAGGACAGUUUAUUCCUCUCUUGUCUUGGGCUAACAGUUCAUUACAAGAUACACAUGCCAGGAUCACCUUCACGUUCUUUAUCCUCCACUACACUUUUUGAUGCACCAUCAUUAAGCAUUCCACUGAAGACCCCCUAUAGUCUUCGUAGGAGUAUCAGUAACCAGUUCUAUAGUAGUCGUUCCCCACUUGAAACUCCCCUCCUGGCGAGCACUCCAACAUCCCCAAUAUCCGAGGACAUGCCUUCUUUGAGCUUGCAUGAGUCUUUUGAGGAGGUUGAACUCAGCAAGUUAGGGUCUCCAAUGAUAGAAAGAAAUGGGGAUGUGGUAGAAAAUUGUGGGAUUGUUCUAAUCCACGGAUUCGGAGGAGGUGUCUUCUCUUGGAGAAAGAUAAUCAGCACUCUUGCAGGACGAGCAGGUUGUCCUGUUGUUGCUUUUGAUAGACCUGGAUGGGGUUUGACAUCAAGGCCAGUGAAGAAUGAUUGGGAGGAAAAUCAAUCAUCUAAUCCUUACAAGCUUGAUAGUCAGGUGGAUCUGCUACUUUCUUUUUGCGCGGGGAUGUUUUCCUCAGUAGUGCUAGUUGGCCACGAUGAUGGAGGAUUACUUGCCCUGAAAGCUGUGCAGAAACUUCGGUCAUCAGCAAAUCCUGUGAAUCUGGAGAUAAAGGGUGUCAUAUUGCUGAAUGUAAGUUUAUCGAGAGAACUAGUUCCAGCCUUUGCCAGAAUACUUUUACGCACUUCUCUAGGGAAAAAGCACAUGGUGCGUCCUCUUCUACGAACAGAAAUCACUCAAGUAGUGAAUCGGCGAGCUUGGUAUGAUGCCACCAAACUAACCACUGAAGUCUUGAGCCUAUAUAAGGCCCCAUUGCAUGUGGAAGGUUGGGAGGAGGCCCUUCAUGAAAUCGGUAGACUAUCAUAUGAAACAGUCUUGCAACCGCAAACUGCGGCAUUGAUGCUCAACGCAGUUGAGGAGUUGCCAGUUUUAGUUAUUGCAGGCGCAGAAGAUGCCCUUGUCCCUUUAAAGUCUGUUCAGACUUUGGCUUCCAAACUAUUAUAUUCUAGAAUGGUGGCCAUAUCUGGUUGUGGCCAUCUUCCACAUGAGGAAUGUCCGAAGGCGUUGCUCGCAGCCAUAUCUCCAUUCAUUAGUAAGCUUUUACUAACACCAUGAUUGCAAAAGCUAUAGGCUGAUUGGGCAUACUUAUGUGAGUAGUUGGUAGGUAGUUUUGUACUUUCAUCCCCAAAUCUGUUGUAUAUUUUCUCCAGGAGGAAGAAGCCCAAGUUGUGCUCUCCUUUUGAAAUUUAUUUAUGUUUUCCCUCAUUUUAUUUCUUUCUUUUUUUUUUGGAAGUUUGAUUAAUUUGAGUUUUGUAAAACACUUGAAUGAGUGGAGAAGAGUAAUACAAUGAAGAAUGGACUCAGGGUUAUUUGAAACUAACUAGAAUCGCAGUGCUCGGUACACAGAUUGUGUAUCGUAUCAUCUACUUAGCACAUGGACCUGAUGGUAUUCGAACUAGCGGGAUGUACAUCGACCAUGUGCUCGUCUCUACUGAGCACACGGCAUGUGUAUUUGUUCAAAGAUCAAAUUCGGGUCUCCUAUUUCGAGCCGUGUUUCCCCUACACUAUAAUGAUCUCUUGUGCUUUAAAAUACACAUUCUUUACAUUAGAGCUUUAUUAUUACUUCAUUCAUUUUAUCUAGUUUUGAUUUUUGUUAGACAUGAAUUUACCCUUUAAUUAUUUUGUACAUUCUUUUGUUAUGUUCUAUACGUAAUUAGUUUUCUAGAAUUUUAGGUUAA